GUCAGCGCACAAAUUGAAUCUUGCCACUUCAGAAAUACACAAAUAAAAGCAAGCUGCAUCUUUUUUAUUUUAAAUUAAGAGGAAUUAAUGAACCACAAAAACUCACUAGAAACAAUUUAUCUUAUCAAUAAUUACUGAGGCAGACAGAAAUGAAUAUUUAUUUGCCUCGUAUUCAAAUGAAGCGAAUUUGAAACUUCCGUUUACGAUGAUUGCCUGUCUUCACUUACACUAUCACCCGUGUUGAUAAUGGAGAGAUAUCACGAAUUUUAAACAAAAAACAGCUAAAAAAGAGCAAGAAAUAGGGAAAAACGACGAAUAAGCAAACAUACAGGAUUAUGUGAAAUUGCAAACAGAAUAUCGGCUGCUUGGCGAACGGAGAAAUGCCAAGAGGAAAGGCAACUUCUAAAUCCGCCACGAAAACAGAUGCCGACGAAACGCUUCCACAAAGUUCUGCUGUCGAGGUGAAGGAGAUCGAGCUGACAGACCCUGUUGACAUUAUUAGCGGAGGAGAAGGCACGUGCAGGCUCUCGAAAGAAAGCGAGUUACCUAACGAUAUUUCGAAUGUUUCGGCUGGUGCCAAUACAUCGAGCAACGAAGGGGGCGAUAAUUCGCCACCAAGGAAACCGAAGCGGCUUUUGGCAUUCACAGGUAGCAGAAAGAAGGACGCGAAGCGAGGGAAAAGCGGCGACAAAACUGAGACGUCAGACAACAACAAAUCCGCGUCACCUCGAGUAGGGGAACCGCAAUCUGAACAACAAAGUAACAAGGCGGAGGGGAAAGAUCUCAUCGCUAACGAGAAGAAGAAGGUCGCCUGUCAGUCGUAUAGAAGACAAUUUUUUGACGAUGAACACGCGUAUGAAGAUCCGAGUCAGCUAGUGAAUAAUUCAGCGACGCGACCACAAGUGCACGCGAAUGAACAGAAUCAUCUCGAGAAAAGCAAGAACGAAAGAAAAACGGGAAUGGAAUCGAUACCGUCGAGCCCUACCAGUGUCAAAGCCGGCCUAAGUAAAUCAACCGAAAGCAUCAAGGCUGCUGUGAAAGGCUUAAAAGAAGGACAUGCGUCCAUGUUGUCCGAAACGUCUAUUCCACGUAGUAUAUUUGCUGCACUCGUGGCAUUGCUUCUUUCCCUUAUCGUUUUCCUCGCUGUUUAUUUCCUUCUCCACAGCCACGCCGUAUUGUCGAUAGCAGUGGCAAUUCUCGUGUAUGUCGUAAUAUUCGUGAGCCUUGGUUUCAUGGACGGGAGGCGUGUGAAGUGUUUAGUAUUGCUGUUGCUACCGAGCGCUUGGUCGCAAGCCGGGCGACUGGCAUUGUAUGUAUUGCUUGGCUACUUCGCCAUAACAGGGCCUUUGUGUAAUAUGGUCGGAAAUGUUAAGACUGUGGGAAACUCGGUAAAAUGCGUGAAUAAUGAGCGUCCGGAUAUGGUUGAACGAAUUGCACAAACAUUUGGAAAAGUACAGCGAUGUGUAACUCAACAGCGAGUGCGACUAUCAAAGAUGAACAAUUCUCUGGAUAUUGAAUGUCUGGAACAAAGAUGUUCCAUUACCAAAGAACAAUUUAAGCUCAAAUGCGAAGCGAAAGAUUACAAUAUCGCCCCUACAAUGUGUAAAUUAUCACAGAAUAUAUCCUGUAGUGAUGAACCACGUUUUACUCAAAGUCCUCAAGAUUGCCACGAGAAAUUACGAGAAAGAUUUUGCCAGACGGAGUUCCAGGAAAUCUUGGAAUUUCUAGACGAAGUCGGCAGUGAUGACGAUGGUUGUGGAUUUUUGGAAAUAAUAAGCAUGCUUUUCCCUUUGUUAAUCCUACUCGUGCUGUACGAGGGAUAUAAAUACGAGAAGAACUACAGGACGUUUAAUAGUUUUCACAACUUCUUUCUGACCGGACACUUUCAAGUUAUCGAUCAAAGUCGCAGCUCUUGCGACAGAAAUGCUGUUUUACCUUUGAAGAAGGUCGAACUUCGUAAGCACGUACGGCCAGGAAGAAUAGGUUACCUGACAGACAGUGAAAAACAUGAAUUAUGGAAGAAUUUGAGGACAUAUUUAACAGCAUUGCUGAUUGUACUGUUCCUGAUACUUGCCGAUCUCUAUAUGUUUCGUAUUUUUGACUUGGACAUCGAUCGCAGAGCGAAAUUGAACACUGAUCUUCCAUCGACCAACAUUAGCAAAUUGCCCAUAGACAUGAACAAAACCAAUGAAACCAGCAAUAAAACCAGCAAUGAAACCAGCAAUAAAACCAUGGUAACGAACAACGUAACUGGUAAAGAUGCUAAUACUACACUUGCCCCAACAACUAGUUAUAAGCUAGAUCUCAGAAAUGAACACGACUGCAUGGUAAAUGUUGAUCCACCGAGUUCAAUCUCAAAAAUAAUCCUACCAAUAGUUCUAAUACUUGUGGUCCUGGUUAUCGCCCUCCAAGCACAUGUCACGCGGCUGCGAUGGUACAUUUGCAGCAGGCUUUACCAAAUGCGAGAGAAAGAACGAGUGUUUUAUUUGUACAAUAAGAUUUUAGAAGAUCGCGUCAAGUUGGGAGAUGAUUGCCGGAAGAGAAUGAAAUGCUACCAUCGUGAAAUGGAAACACUGAAAUCACUCGAAAUAACCAGAGUUCUCGCGGGACAAGCCCCGUGGCUUGCUAAGAUAUUCAAUUUCUUUCAUAUAAAUUCGAGGCAGUGUAUAAUUUGCAAGGAUACCGAGAAACCUGAGUUCAAAAUGUGUCACGGUCUAGACUGCUCUGGUGUCUACUGUCUGACGUGUUCGUUUGACAUUGAUAAAAAGUGUCUGUACUGCGAUACUGAACUCAAACACAGUCUGUCGGUGAAUAAAGCUGAUGGAAAAGAUCUAAGUUCCAAAGAGUCUCUGGUGUGAAAGCAUGUUCAAUAUACGAAAUAGUGCAAGGCUAUGAAAAUUGAGAUUUGGUACAGACAUAUAUGCUUAAUCAACUGUACAAAUCUGUUUUCGUACGUGGAACUUUUAAAGUACAUUUUUGAACCGGGCUCCUGGAUUAAACGGGAUUUUAACAUUAGAAUAUACAGUUGGUAACUAAAACAAUAACCAAAGUAAAAAGAAUUCCAAGUAUAAAGCUUAUAGCCAGCACAAUUUUCUUCUCUAUCUGGAGAAUUUGAUAUCAAACUUUUAGGUUAAUUUAAGUGCUGAUUUAUAACAACAUAUUGUGCUACGUGCGUUUCACGGCACGUAUAGUUAGACGUUUCUAGGACAUUUUAAUUUAUAUCACUUAGGAAUUGUUUGCAACUUGUUUGCAUAGGAUUUGAAGGAGAUAUAUAUAUAUAGAUAUAUAUAUGGUAUAUAUAAUAUUUAUCGUAGCUUAUACUAUGUACCGAUAUUCGUAUAAAAACGAGUACUGAAAAA